UCCAACUAUCUACACGCGCUCUUCCAAUUUCAGUGAACUAAGAAGGUGAGAAUAUUUGAAAACAUUUACCUUUGCUAAAUCUGAGUAUUUUUUAAAGACGUUGCUUUGUUUACUUUUAAAAAAUCAGUUUAUUGCCAAGAGAAAGGCAAAGUUUACUGGAGCUAGCAUUAUUAUGCAGAAUCAUUAUUCAACGUUCCUAGCUAGCGAGCUACCCAUGCCACAUGCUAUUAGCUAGUAUCAGGAAAAAAUUUGCAAAUUGGAAACUCAUUGUAGCCAGCUGUUGAAAACAUGAUCAUGGUGGUAACAUUGUGAGUUACCUAACGUUAACUGAAAUAUAAUUUAAGUCUUCAGGUGCGACGAGCUUGUUGAGUAAAUUAGCUAGGUACGGUAAGUAGAAGCCUGCCUUCAGCAACCACCAGGCCACACUUCGAGGAAAGAUGUCUACCAUCAGAUUUGGAUCAACUUGUAGUCCUUCGAAGACUACUCGAUCUGAGACAUUGCCACGAUGGAAUGAUGAGGAGGGGGAAAUGGCUGGUAAGAGUAAACUAUACAUUGCCAUUUGUAUUUCAAUCAAUUACAAUUUUUAUUGGAUCCAGAUCCUCCCUUGAUUGGAGGCUGCUAGGGACUUCUCAUACUGUGAUUCACUGUACUCUGUCUGCAAUGCUCUAAUUGUCCUGCACGGAUGUGAUCAACUGACAGACCCAUGGGGCGGCGCACAAUUGGCCCAGCGUCGUCCAGGGUCGGGGAGGGAAUGGCUGGCAGGGAUGUAGCUCAGUUGGUAGAGCAUGGCGUUUGCAACGCCAGGGUUGUGGGUUCGAUUCCCCCUGGGGGCCAGUAUGAAAAAAAAAAUAAUAAAAAAAUAAUAAUAAUAAUUAAAAAAAUAAUGUAUGCACUCACUAACUGUAAGUCGCUCUGGAUAAGAGCGUCUGCUAAAUGACUAAAAUGUAAAUGUAAAUGUUGAUUACUGCACUAGCACCAAAGAUUUGUAUAACUAAAACAAGAUAGACCACAGCUUGUCGUUUCCAAUGGGAACAAAUGAAUCAUAGUGGGCAGAACAAGCACGCUAGCAAUAUCCUAUUGGCGCGUUCUAGUAUGCGUCAACAUAUUUCCGUUAGGGAACGCCUACUCUGAAGUGCGCGUGUGCAAUAACUCAAUUCGCAUUUGCACUCGUAAACAGCGUGAUUUUUGAAAACUUUUGAAAGGGUCUACAAAACUUAGUCCACUCUGUUCUUAACAUAUUAUAGUUUUGGGGACAGAAAACAUAUUGAGAUUGAAAUGUUUAAUCAAUGAGAAAAUUUGCAGAAUGUCGCCCCAAAAAACAUAUCGUUCCAUCUUCUCCCAGUGGGCUUAAUCUAGUGGAAACGCCAACCGGCUGCUUUACAUUUAUACAUCCAGUGAAAUGUCUCGUUGUUCUAUCUGUGCUAGCACUACUGUGUUUGUAAUCUUCAAUGUUGCUGGAAUUAGCUAAUGUAUGCUACAGGAAGGCAACAGGCCUAGGCCUAACUAUCCCUUUUUGAUUGGAUCCAUUUGGGCAGAGUGCGAAUUACACCAUGACAUUUGGGGGGUCACUAAUUAUUAAUUUAAUGAAUUACCAUUUUAAUGUGGCAAGAACACAACCAGUCAUGAUAUUUUCAUCUGAUUGUCAAACAAAUCACUUCAAAAAGUAGGCUACCUGUGUUUGUCCACUCCAACAUAAUUCCAUUAUCCAAACUGCUUGUAAAGCCAGCCUACUUGCGACAUUUGAUGAAUGGAAAUAGACAUCUGUUACGAAACACCAAAAAGUGUGCCCAAUGACAUUCAUCAAUUGUCAUUGAUUAGGCCUACAUUAAUUUGUGUCUUGCUGACAAAUUUACCUUAAUGUAGCCUGAAAAGUUGUCCAAAAUUCAUGAGUUAAUGCUUGGAGUCUUCACAGAUCGUGACAUAACACUACCUUUCUUUCCUUACAUUUAUGACAGUGUUGUCAUUAUUAAGCAUUUAACAAUUUACUUGAACAUUGAACUUAAACCCUGUAUGAAUCAUGGAUCUUGGAGAUCUCUGAGAAAUGCACUGUAAGCGUAACUAUGCCUAUGUAACAUUUAAUUAUGUUUCACUGUGAAAACAGUUCUCAUGGGCACACAAAUCCAAAAUAAUGUAGGCAUAUACCAUUGCAAAAUCGAAUGCUUCUAACUGAACUUUAACCUCAUCUAACUGAAAGAGUCACAUUAUAGGCCUACUGUCCUUAAUGUAUACUUGUCCGUAACGUAUACAUGUUGGAUGGAUUGGCUGUGCAUUGGUGUCUACUAGCCCCGUGUAGCUCAGUUGGUAGAGCAUGGCGCUUGCAACGCCAGGGUUGUGGGUUCGUUUCCCACGGGGGGCCAGUAUGAACAAAAAAAAUAAAAAAUGUAUGCACUCACUAAUCUGGAUAAGAGUGUCUGCUAAAUGACUAAAAUGUAACUGUAGGCUAGCUGUCUAGUCAUAUUGUUGACCAUCAUAAGGGAUCAUGGCUUUCACCUGUAUUCACCAGGGCCUAGAUUCACCAAACUUUCUUAACUGCCAUUUUUCCUUAACUAUAGACUUAAGAAGAAAGUUAAGCAAAGUUGCUAUUCCUCAAAGGUUCUUGGAAAUUUUAUUGCGCUAUUUUUGUUUCUCCUUAAGAAAACUUUAUUUUCAAGGAUAUAUUUUCAUUGGUAAUGUUCUUAAUUCCAAGGUAACUAAACCCUUAUCUUAAACUCAAGGGCAGUGAGAGAAAAAGCUCAUGAAAGCAAUUGAACAUGUUUAAUUCACACAUACUUCAUCUGAAAGUUUCAGUAUUUAUUAUUUUCUAAAACAUGUUCUUGGGUUUAAAAUAAUCAAUACUGAAACUUUCAGAUGAAGUAUGUGUGAAUUAAACAAUUCAAUUGAUUUCAUGAGCUUUUUCUCUCACUGCCCUGAGUUUAAGACCAUGGUUUAGUUACCUUGGAAUUAAGAACCUGAAAAACAAAGCAAUGAGUGCUCUAAACCACUGACUGACAAAAGCAAACAAUUUCAAAUCAAAUUUUAUUUGCCACAUGCGCCAAAUACAACAGGUGUAGACAUUACUGUGAAAUGCUUACUUACAGCCCUUAACCAACAAUGCAUUUAUUUUUAAUAAAAAAGUAGAAGUAAAAUAACAGUAGGGAGGCUAUAUACAGGGGGGUACCGGUGCAGAGUCAAUGUGCGGGGGCACCGGCUAGUUGAGGUAAUAUGUACAUGUGGGUAGAGUUAAAGUGACUAUGCAUAAAUAAUUAACAGAGUAGCAGCAGCGUAAAAAUAUUGGGUGGGGGGGCAGUGCAAGUAGUCCGGGUAGCCAUGAUUAGCUGUUCAGGAGUCUUAUGGCUUGGGGGUAGAAGCUGUUGAGAAACCUUUUGGACCUAGACUUGGCGCUCCGGUACCGCUUGCCGUGCAGUAGCAGAGAGAACAGUCUGACUAGGGUGGCUGGAGUCUUUGACAAUUUUGAGGGCCUUCCUCUGACACCGCCUGGUAUAGAGCUCCUGGAUGGCAGGAAGCUUGGCCCCAGUGAUGUACUGGGCCGUACGCACUACCCUCUGUAGUGCCUUGCGGUCGGAGGGAAUACUUGGAACAGAUUUCUUAAAUUAAAAUCACUUGGCACUGAUUUCCUGGUGUUUUUAAAGUAUUUUAUGUCCAACAAUGAAGAGGAAAAAGGUGUGUGUACAGUUGAAGUCGGAAGUCUAUGGGGACAAAGACCGUACUUUUUUGAGAAAUGUCCUCUGGUCUGAUGAAACAAAAAUAGAACUGUUUGGCCAUAAUGACCAUCGUUAUGUUUGAAGGAAAAAGGGGGACGCUUGCAAGCCGAAAAACACCAUCCCAACCGUGAAGCACAGGGGUGGCAGCAUCAUGCUGUGGGGGUGCUUUGCUGCAGGAGGGACUGGUGCACUUCACAAAAUAGAUGAUAUCAUGAGGAAGGAAAAUGUUGUGGAUAUAUUGAAGCAACAUCUCAAGACAUCAGUCAGGAAGUUAAAGCUUGGUUGCAAAUGGGUCUUCCAAAUGGACAAUGACCCCAAGCAUACUUCCAAAGUUGUGGCAAAAUGGCUUAAGGACAACACAGUCAAGGUAUUGGAGUGGCCAUCACAAAGCCCUGACCUCAAUCCUAUAGAACAUUUGUGGGCAGAACUGAAAAGGCGUGUGCGAGCAAGGAGGCCUACAAACCUGACUCAGUUACACCAGCUCUGUCAGGAUGAAUGGGCCAAAAUUCACCCAACUUAUUGUGGGAAGCUUGUGGAAGGCUUCCCAAAACGUUUGACCCAAGUUAAACAAUUUAAAGGCAAUGCUACCAAAUACUAAUUGAGUAUAUGUGAACUUCUGACCCACUGGGAAUGUGAUGAAAGAAAUAAAAGCUGAAAUAAAUCAUUCUCUCUACUAUUAUUCUGACAUUUCACAUUCUUAAAAGAAAGUGGUGAUCCUAACUGACCUAAGACAGGGAAUUUUUACUAGGAUUAAAUGUCAGGAAUUGUGAAACUGAGUUUAAAUGUAUUUGGCUAAUGUGUAUGUAAACUUCCGACUUCAACUGUGUGUGUGAUUUUUAUUUUUUGUAUAAUUGUUUUGCUUGACUUGGGGGGCCAAAUAAAACCACCCAGUUGGGGAACCCUGGUUUAAACCAUGACAGAGAGGUGAGGGUGUUCGUUUCAUUUGGAAACUUGUUUUUACCACUGUGAGAAAUGUUUACCACUAAUUUAAAUAAAUAAUAGUGGUUAAAUUAGCAGUUUGACUUUUGUUGCAUUUAGGGGAGAUAACAUCAUUCAGGGGGGCUGCACCCGUAAUUCGCACCCUGCAUUUGGGUAAACCAGUGACACCUUGCCUACAUUAGAAUGAGCUAAAAGUAGGCCAACUAAAUCAUUUCCUUGAUGUUAACUUGGCUCCAUGGCAUUAGUCUCUCUCUCUCUAUUGUCAAUAGAUCCAGAAGAUGCCUGUGAUCCAAAUAAACUCCUUCAGUGUCCAUACGACAAGAACCAUCAGAUCCGUGCCUGCCGCUUUCCAUACCAUCUGAUCAAGUGCAGCAAGGUUAGUAGCUAUCGGAAGGAAUGUUGAAGGCGCAAUAUGACAUUGUGGUCCAUGACAUCUCAAAUGUUGCUAAUAUAGUCAGUUAGUACAUGGAGAAAACAAGUUAUUCUGCUGUCCUCUUGUCCUUUACUGUAGAACCACCCUAAACUGGCCAGUGAAUUAAAAACGUGCCCUUUCAACGCCCGCCACCUGAUGCCCAAGCAUGAGCUUUCACACCACAUUGCUAACUGUGUUGACAGAAUAUCUGUGAAUGCAGAAGACUGUGAGCUCUUUUUGUUUUACCCUUUCUGUAUUUUCAUUAUUCAAUGAUAAGCCUAUUUGCACCCUGUAGUGAGUCUAACCAGGUUAUGUGGUUUCCAGUGGGCAGCGCUGAGGUGCAGACCAAAUGGCAGGUACCUGUUAGCACGUGGACAAACACCAACUGUGAUGAGGACUGGGAUAAAGGUACUAUCUCACGAGCUGCUGAUUAUGCUUGUAUACUCAAAGCAAGGUUGCCAUGUAUGCAUUUAUUUGUUUCGUAACUUCUGCACACUUCGGUGACUCUGAGGCAAUGAAUGCAACUUUUCAGAUAUUUUUAUGCUGGAGAUUUUCCCUCUAUUUCCAUCGGCAUCAUUUUAUUAAAAUGCAGCUUUUUCUUUUUGCAGAGGCUGAUAUUUCUUCAGUGCCUUUCGUAUGGGGAGUGUCCACAAACCUGAUCAGUCAGAACAGGUCAGCUGACCACACAACGUUGGCAGAGGAGUUCAUUGCUUCUAAAUAUGAUAGCUGAAACAAGGCUGGUUAAUAUUUUCAAAUGUAGUUUUAAGUGUAGUCUUUGUUCUUUUUAGGCCUGAGCCAUGCACUACAAACAAUCUUACUCCUGGACUUCGAGCUCCAAGAACUCUGCCCUGGAAAAUG